AUGAUCUCGGAGCCUCAGGAUGAGGAGCCAUCUACCUCCUCAGCCACACAGGCCUCUUCAGAAAUGAUCUCGGAACCUCAGGAUGAGGAGCCAUCCACCUCCUCAGCCACACCGGUGUCUUCACAAAUGUUGUCCGAGGAUGAGAAUGAAGACCCAUUCGCUUCCACUUCUCCCCAGCAGGAUUCUUCAGCUCUGAAGUGUGUGUGCCAGCUAUGUACCAACAACACCUGUGAGACAGGCGCGGACGGGGCCUGCUGGAACUCUGUGAUGCUGAUCAACGGGAAGGAGGAGGCCGUCAAGUCCUGUCUGUCCCCGGCCGAGAUGAGGGGACAAGUCUUCUGCUACAGCUCCCGGAACGUCUCAAAGAGGCACUGCUGCUUCACAGACUUCUGCAACAACGAGACCCUGCAUCUGCCUUCGGAGGAGCCCGGCUGGGGCAGGCUGGAGCUGGCAGCAGUCAUCCUGGUUCCCUCUACCCUGCUCUGUGUGAGCAUCCUGCUGGGUGUGUGUGUGGUGCAGGGCCAGCCCUGUGCCUACAACCGGGCCCACAAGAAUGACGUGGAGGAGCCCCUGGAUGACCAAAGUCUUAUGUCCCCCGAUAAGUGUCUUAAAGACCUCAUCUACGAUAUGAGCACCUCUGGCUCAGGCUCCGGGCUACCACUGCUGGUACAACGGACAAUAGCUCGGACUAUCGUGCUGCAGGAGACCAUUGGGAAGGGCCGCUUCGGGGAGGUGUGGCGAGGGAAGUGGCGAGGGGAGGACGUUGCGGUGAAGAUCUUCUCAUCCCGUGACGAGAGGUCCUGGUUCAGAGAGGCAGAGAUCUAUCAGACCAUCAUGCUCCGACACGAGAAUAUCCUGGGAUUCAUUGCAGCUGAUAACAAAGAUAACGGCUCUUGGACCCAGCUGUGGCUGGUGACAGAGUACCACGAGCACGGCUCCCUGUUCGACUACCUGAACAGGUACACAGUGUCUGUGGACGGCAUGAUCGUUCUGGCCUUGUCCAUCGCCAGCGGCCUGGCACACCUCCACAUGGAGAUCAUUGGCACUCAGGGGAAACCUGCCAUUGCCCACAGAGACAUCAAGUCUAAAAACAUUCUGGUGAAGAAGAAUGGGACGGCUGUCAUAGCAGACCUCGGAUUGGCUGUGAAACACGACUCCAGUACCAACAUCAUUGAUAUACCGUCCAAUCACAGAGUAGGAACAAAGAGGUACAUGGCCCCAGAACUGCUGGAUGACACGAUAAAUAUUGGCAGCUUUGAGUCGUUCAAGCGGGCAGACAUCUACUCCCUGGGCCUUGUAUUCUGGGAACUGGCAAGGAGGUGUUCCAUCAGGGGACUUCAAGAAGAUUUUCAGUUGCCUUACUAUGAUAUGGUGCCUUCAGAUCCUUCUGUGGAGGACAUGAGAAAGAUAGUCUGUGACCAGAAACUGAGACCCAACAUUCCCAACCAGUGGCAGAGCUGUGAGGCACUGCGGGUGAUAGGCAAGCUGAUGCGCGAGUGCUGGUAUGCCAACGCUGCAGCUCGCCUCACCGCGCUGAGGGUCAAGAAAACCGUCUCUCAGGUGACUGUACUCAAGGACAUCAAAGAUUAG